UCUGAACCCAAUGUUUGGUUUUGAACAUCUCAGUUCAUAAUCUCAGUUUAACUUUUAGGGUGGUUUCAAUCUGUCUGUAUUGUUGAAUUAAGACAUUGUUUUUGUUUUAAAACCGUUUGUAAAGAACAGGGUGUUAAGGUAAAACGACAAAUCUAGAAUACUUAGACUGAGAGAAAUGUUUUUUGUAGGAUUACAGAUUUUGGUGCAACACUAUAUUCCCAUCCAAAUGACCCUGAUUCCUAAUCCUGUUUUCUGCUCUGUGUGUGUAGCCGAGGAGGACAAGCAGCCAUUUAAGAAACUGUACCGACUGGACUCGGUCCUAGGCAAAGGAGGAUUUGGUACCAUAUACUCUGGUGUUCGCCUGGCUGACGGGUUGCCGGUGGCGGUGAAACACGUGCGCAGGGACAAAGUGGAUCAGUGGGGCACUCUGUGUGGCACUGUGGUACCCCUGGAGAUUGUGUUGUUAAAGAAGGUGUCUGGGACUUUCGGAGGGGUGGUGCAGCUGUUGGACUGGUGGAAGUUGGUGGACGGUUGGUUGAUGGUGAUGGAGCGUCCUGAGCCUGCUCAGGACCUUUUUGAUUACAUCACAGAGCAUGGUGCACUGGAUGAGGCGGUGGCUCACGGCUUCUUCCUGCAGGUUCUGGAGGUAGUGCGUCACUGUUACACCUGCAGCAUUGUCCACAGAGACAUCAAGGAUGAGAACUUGCUGGUGGACCUGAGGACCGGACAGAUCAAACUUAUCGAUUUUGGCUCAGGUGCCUUCGUCAAAGACACUGCCUACACUGACAUGAAUGGUACACUGGUGUACAGUCCACCAGAGUGGUUCCGGUUUCACCAGUAUCAUGGUCACUCAGCCACUGUCUGGUCACUUGGCGUGUUGCUUUAUGACAUGGUGUGUGGGGACAUCCCCUUCAGAAAGGUUAAAGACAUCCUGAGAGGACAGAUUUACUUCAGAUGCAAAAUCUCCACAGAGUGCCAGGAGCUGAUUAGGUGGUGUCUGAGCCAGCAGCCUUCUCACCGGCCAACCCUAGAGCAGAUCCUCCUCGACCCCUGGGUGACUGGCAGCAACAGUCAGCAAAAAGACAACAUCAUCUUUCAUGCCAUUACAGCUGACUCUCCCUCGUCCUCUUCCUCCUCAAACCAGCAGAGCCCUUGACUGGUCAGUGGGACACUGCCAAGGGGCAUGACUUACACUUGAUUGAUAGUUGUCCUUUGGUGUUUUCUGUUUCCUUCCAGGUGUUCCAGGUAUUUUUUUUUGUUUUUGUUUUUUUUUUUGAGGCUGCUACCUACCAGCUGUUUUGUCACACCAACCAAGCAGCUGCUGGUAGCCUCAGUACAAAACACUGUAAAUUAGUUCUCAAAACGUACUGAGGUUGUAAAACGCACAUCCAGUGGUAAUACUGAGCUGUGUAUUUUGAUAUAUUUUUUAAAUGUGUAUUUUGUACACUGUGGUUUUGUUUAUGUUUAUUUACAGAGGCAUUCCUCA